AUGUCAUAUUUAGGUAUUAAUGCCUCAUUGCGUACGAAUGUGUCAUUCCGUUCUAAAACAGACGAAGAUUAUCAUAAAGGCCUUAGUCGAUUAGAAUUGUUUCAUGAUUUAAAUAUUACAGAUUGCGUGGUUUUAGAAUACAUGCAUGAUGUAUGCCUUGGUGUCAUGAAACGAUUAAUAUCAUUUUGGAAAAAGGGCAAAAAGUCCGUCCGUUUAAUUAAUGAUAAUGUAACGAAUGAAAUAUCUUCAGAACUCGAACAUUUAAAAUCAUAUUUCCCCAAAGAAUUUAACAGACUACCUCGUUCUUUAGAAGAACUCGAGUAUUGGAAGGCGGUAGAAUUCCGUUCCUUUUUGCUGUAUUCAGGCCCUAUUGUUUUAAAGGGGAAAUUACAAAAGACAUUUUAUAAACAUUUUAUGUUGUUGCAUUGUGCAAUUCGACUACUCGUGUCCAACGAAACAUGUAUUACUUAUAAUGAGUUGGCCAAUACUUUACUAAGACAGUUUGUGAUAGAAUAUGCAGAACGUUAUGGUGAGGAAUACAUCACAUACAACGUUCAUGGGUUAAUUCAUGUAUCUCAUUUUGUUAAAAUACAUGGUUCAUUGGACACAUUUAGCGCUUUCAAAUUUGAAAAUUAUUUACAAAAUAUUAAAAAUACUUUAAAAAAUGCAAGAUUUCCUCUUUAA